AAUUUUGAAAGUUGGCUGGCACAAAGUCGUAAAUUUCCCUAUCGUAGUUGAUAGACUGCAAAGUCAUAAAUUCAGUGUCUCUUUACAAAGUGCUGCUGCUCGCCGGUAGCAGUUUUGGAAAUGAUCAUUGCCGUAUUGACCGGAUUGCUUUUUGCAUCAGUGUUUCAAGGCACCUAUGCUGACACCAAUCACUGCCCUCUUGGAUGGACCUUCUCCACCAAUACUUCUUACUGUUACACCAAAUCGGCACAAUACUUUUCUUUUUCUGAAGCAGCAAACUAUUGUCAAUCAAUCGGAGGCACUCAGGUUUUUAUAAUCUCAAGUACAGAACUCUCGUGGCUCACCGACUUCACGUCUUCUUCUCUUGCUCAACCAUGGGUGGCUACUACCAGAAAUACCACCAACAAUAAAUGGUACAACACUGACGGAUCAAGCCCAUACUCUUUUUUCUGGACAACUGGAGAACCAAGUCUGAACGGUGAUUGUGCAACGUUCAAGGGUACCGGAAAAGCCGGGCUCAAAGCAGUUCCAUGCUAUAGUAUCCAACCGGCCGUGUGUAAGCAGAUGCCAGCUUUGUGCCCAACUCAGACAUCCUAUGGAGGACUCUAUACACGAUCAGGAACUAUCACUUCGCCAGGAUAUCCAACUCAGUAUUAUAACAAUUUGAACUGUUUGUACUCAAUUAAAUCACCUAACAAUACUUACAUUACAAUGGAGUUUUCUCCAUACUUGGUUCAAAGCUAUUUUGACUACAUUAAUGUUUAUGAUGGUCCGAACUCAACUUCUACAUACCUCGGAACAACUGAUGACGGUUGGGACGACUACUGGUGGGACAGUCGUCGUGACUUUGAAAGUUCAAACAACUCAAUCAGUUUUGUAUUCCGCACUGAUAGCAGUGUCACUAAUAAAGGAUGGCAACUAACUUGGAGUGCCAAACCAAACACGCCACCAAUCAAGCAAUCUGGACAAAGUGGAAACUUCACAUCACCCAAUUAUCCGUUGAACUAUGAUCCGUACUCAGAGCAAUUGUAUUACAUUACCGCGCCAACUGGAUUCCAAAUUAAUGUAACGAUUCCGGAUUUUGCAACGGAAAAAACCUACGACGUUUUGGAAAUUUAUAACGCGUCUUACGCCAGCAAUUAUAGACUGGUGGCAAAUUUAUCGGGAACAGCUGUUGCUCCAUGGUCAUGGGUAUCUCCAACCAACUAUGUCACCAUGAAGUUCAAAUCCGAUUCAGCUUUUCAAAUGAAAGGAUUUUCCAUUGUCUGGUUCAUUCAAUAAACUUUUCUUUUUUU